CUUCCACAAGAAUAAUAAUUAAGAUAAGAAAUGUCGACUUUUGAACUAAUUCACCAUUGACUUACUUAUGUAACCCUUUAAUCUCGCACGUUUUAAGCAUGGGUAUUAGUUAAAUUUUUACAUGAAUUUAUUAUGAAGUAGUGGAACGUAUUAACCAGUUUAAGUUACAAAUUUUGGUUAUAACACUGUCAAACAUGGCAGAAGAGGGCUUAUUUCAUGAAGUAGUUGGGUUAGUACCACAGCAGAAGUGUGAGGAUGGAGUUCUCUUUCCUGUGGUUCUUUCUCCAAAUCUUAAACUUGCGAAAACUGUUAAGUUAACCGAAGCCAUCAAAGCAACCAGAUCAUGGUUGGACUCGAUCCUCCAUCGAUCUGGUGCCAUUCUUUUCAGAGGAUUUGAUAUUUCCUCUGCUUCUGACUUCAACGAAGUAGUUGAGUCUUCGGGGUAUGAGGACUUCAGCUAUGGCGUCGGUGGUGCAGGCUCCAGAACUAAAGUUGUUGGCCGUGUUUACACUGCCAAUGAAGCUCCACCUGAUCAGAACAUUCCCUUUCAUCACGAAAUGUCUCAUGCUCCUGUAUUUCCAUCCAAACUGUUUUUCUUCUGUGAAGUAGAACCAGGAAGUGGAGGAGAAACUUGUAUAGCUCUAAGUCAUGUCAUAUAUGAGAAGAUGAAACAAAAGCACCCAAAGUUUGUUGCAGAAAUGGAAGAAAAAGGACUGGUUUAUUCUCGAGUUCUCGGAGAAGAAUCUGAUCCUUCAUCACCAGUUGGUCGUAGCUGGAAGGACACGUUCAUGACCGACAACAAGACCAUCGCUGAAGAAAGGGCUGCAAAGCUAGGAAUGAAACUAGAGUGGAUGGAAGGUGCUGUAAGGGUUAUAAUCGGGCCUAAGCCUGGUUUCAAAUACGACGAGCUGAGAAAUCGUAAAAUCUGGUUUAAUGGUGUGGUAGGAGGAUUGAAAGAUAAACUAAAUGACGAUCCAUCAAAAGCAGUCAUGUUCAGCGAUGGUAAACCAAUGCCAACUGAUGUUCCUAGUGAUUGUUCUAAAAUCUUUGAUGAGGAAUGUAUUGCAUUACAAUGGCGGAAGGGUGAUGUCCUGCUUCUAGAUAACUUGGCAGUCUUGCAUUCCCGACGCCCACUGAUUACACUACCUCGCCGGGUGCUCGCUUCAUUUUGCAAGUAAAAAAGUUGUGGAAUUGUAUCCAUGUGUUCACUAGUAUAAUUGCCUUUAAUAUUUUGUGUAUCAUCAUAAAGGACAGGAUUCAGCAAAUAAUGAUUGUGAUUAUAUGAUAUAUGUAUCAUUUAAGAUAUCAUUCAAGUCACAUAACUCUUUUUUUUCA